AUGACAACAGAGACAGGCCCCGAUUCUGAGGUGAAGAAGGCUCAGGAAGAGGCCCCGCAGCAGCCUGGGGCCGCUGCUGCUGCUGCUGCUGCUGCUGCUGCGACCACCCCAGUGACCCCCGCAGGCCACGGCCACCCGGAGGCCAACUCCAAUGAAAAGCAACCGCCCCAGCAGGACACUCGGCCUGCGGAACAGAGCCUAGACAUGGACGAGAAGGACAACGGGGAGGCUGAUGGCCUGUCGGAGAGGACCACGCCCAGCAAGGCCCAGAAGUCGCCCCAGAAGAUUGCCAAGAAAUACAAGAGCGCUAUCUGCCGAGUCACUCUGCUCGAUGCCUCUGAGUAUGAGUGUGAGGUGGAGAAGCACGGCCGGGGCCAGGUGCUGUUCGACCGGGUCUGCGAGCACCUCAACCUGCUGGAGAAGGACUACUUCGGCCUGACCUUCUGCGAUGCUGACAGCCAGAAGAACUGGCUGGACCCCUCCAAGGAAAUCAAGAAGCAGAUCCGGAGCAGCCCCUGGAAUUUUGCCUUCACAGUCAAGUUCUACCCCCCUGACCCUGCCCAGCUGACAGAAGAUAUCACCAGAUAUUACCUGUGCCUGCAGCUGCGGGCAGACAUCAUCACAGGCCGGCUGCCCUGCUCCUUCGUCACGCACGCCCUGCUGGGCUCCUACGCCGUGCAGGCCGAGCUGGGCGACUACGAUGCCGAGGAGCAUGUGGGCAACUACGUCAGUGAGCUCCGCUUCGCCCCGAACCAGACCCGAGAGCUGGAGGAGAGGAUCAUGGAGCUGCACAAGACGUACAGGGGCAUGACCCCAGGAGAAGCGGAGAUCCACUUCCUGGAGAACGCCAAGAAGCUGUCCAUGUACGGAGUAGACCUGCACCAUGCCAAGGACUCUGAGGGCAUCGACAUUAUGUUAGGAGUCUGUGCCAAUGGCCUGCUCAUCUACCGGGACCGACUGAGGAUCAACCGCUUCGCUUGGCCCAAGAUUCUCAAGAUCUCCUACAAGAGGAGUAACUUCUACAUCAAGAUCCGGCCUGGGGAGUAUGAGCAGUUCGAAAGCACAAUUGGCUUUAAGCUCCCAAACCACCGGUCAGCCAAGAGACUGUGGAAGGUCUGCAUUGAGCACCACACGUUCUUCCGGCUCGUGUCCCCCGAGCCCCCACCCAAGGGCUUCCUGGUGAUGGGCUCCAAGUUCCGGUAUAGUGGGAGGACCCAGGCACAGACCCGCCAGGCCAGCGCCCUCAUCGACCGGCCCGCGCCCUUCUUCGAGCGUUCCUCCAGCAAACGGUACACCAUGUCCCGCAGCCUUGAUGGAGCAGAGUUUUCCCGCCCAGCCUCGGUGAGUGAGAACCACGACACAGGACCCGAUGGUGACAAACGGGAGGAAGAUGGCGAGUCUGCCGGGCGGCAGUCAGAGGCCGAGGAGGGAGAGGUCAGGACCCCCACCAAGAUCAAGGAGCUGAAGUUCUUAGACAAGCCAGAGGAUGUCUUGCUGAAGCACCAGGCCAGCAUCAACGAGCUCAAGAGGACCCUGAAGGAACCCAACAGCAAACUGAUCCACCGGGAUCGAGACUGGGAGCGGGAACGCAGGCUGCCCUCCUCGCCCGCCUCCCCCUCCCCCAAAGGCACCCCUGAGAAAGCCAGUGAGAGAGCAGGGCUGAGGGAGGGCUCGGAGGAGAAAGUCAAACCGCCGCGUCCCAGGGCGCCGGAGAGCGACACGGGAGACGAGGACCAGGACCAGGAGAGGGACGCGGUGUUCCUGAAGGACAACCACCUGGCCAUUGAGCGCAAGUGCUCCAGCAUCACGGUCAGCUCCACGUCCAGCCUGGAGGCCGAGGUCGACUUCACCGUCAUCGGGGACUACCACGGCAGCGCCUUCGAGGACUUCUCCCGCAGCCUGCCUGAGCUCGACCGGGACAAGAGCGACUCGGACACGGAGGGCCUGGUGUUCUCCCGGGACCUCAGCAAGAGGGGCCCCAGCCAGGAUGACGAGUCGGGGGGCAUGGAGGACAGCCCGGAUCGCGGGGCCUGCUCCACCCCGGACAUGCCCCAGUUUGAGACCGUGAAGACAGAGACCAUGACUGUCAGCAGCCUGGCCAUCAGGAAGAAGAUCGAGCCCGAGGCUAUGCUGCAGACCAGAGUCACCACUGUGGACGCCCAGGUGGAUGGGACUGCCCUAGGAGGGAAGGAAUUCAUAACCACUGCUCCCUCCAUCACCACAGAGACCAUAUCAACCACCAUGGAGAACAGUCUCAAGUCCGGGAAGGGGGCAGCUGCCAUGAUCCCAGGCCCACAGACGGUGGCCACGGAAAUCCGUUCUCUUUCUCCGAUCAUCGGGAAAGAUGUCCUCACCAGCACCUACGGCGCCACCGCGGAAACCCUCUCCACCUCCACCACCACCCAUGUCACUAAAACUGUGAAAGGAGGGUUUUCCGAAACGAGGAUCGAGAAGCGGAUCAUUAUUACUGGGGACGAAGAUGUUGAUCAAGACCAGGCCCUGGCCCUGGCCAUCAAGGAGGCCAAACUUCAGCAUCCUGACAUGCUGGUAACCAAAGCUGUCGUAUACAGAGAAACAGACGCAUCCCCGGAGGAGCGGGACAAGAAGCCUCAGGAAUCCUGA